AUGGGAGUAGAAGAGGUACUGUGUGAAGAACCACAAUUUGCUACCCCCGAUACUGGAAGUUCACAGAGUGCUAACAAAGAAGCUACAGUGGAUGCUAGUGCCGAAACAAAUGAUGGAAAUCAAGUUGAAAUGCUGUCAUCAGAGGAUAUUGAAGAUUUCUUUGAAAAUGAAAGAAGGAAAACAGAAGGUGUUACUAAAAACAGCAUUGAAGAAGAUUUGAAACCUUGUAUGGGGAUGAAGUUCAGUACCAAAGAAGAAGGGCAGCAAUUUUUCAACUUCUACUCCAGUGUUGUUGGUUUCUCUGUUGCUGUUGUCAACAGUUAUAGAACAACAAGUAAGAAACGCAACAAUGAGAUAACUAAAGUUGUUAUGCAGUGUAACAAGCAUGGUAGAACAACACAAGUUGAUAGAGAGCAGUUGGUGCCUCAAAGGAGAAGCACAGUCAUAACAAAGAUAGGUUGCAAAGUGGAAAUGCGGAUUACAGAGAAGAACAAAGUUUGGGAAAUUACCCAAUUAAAUCUUGAACACAACCAUGAGCUUUCACCAAAUAGCAGGUUCUUCCGGUCUCACAAGUACAUGUCACCUGAAGAAAAAGAUCUCAUAAGGACACUGAAGUACACAAACACUCCUACAGGCAAGAUUGUCGAUAUCUUAGCAUAUGUGAGAGGCGGAAUUGGAUGUUUGCCUUACACAAAGAAGAUGGUCAGCAAUUAUGGCACUGAAAUAAAUAAAGAGUUACAGAAUACUGACAUGAUGGAAGUAGUACACAUGUUCAACAAGAAACAAGCAGACAGUCCUGGUUUCUACUAUUCGUUUCAGUUGGACAGUGACAAUAAAGUUAGAAGCAUGUUCUGGUCGGAUCAGAAAUCAAGAUUAUACUAUGAGCAAUGUGGGGAUUGUCUUAGUUUUGACACAACUUUCCUUACAAACAAAUACAAUCUUCCAUUUGCGCCAUUUGUAGGAGUUUCACCCCAUGGGAACACGUAUUUAUUUGCUUGUGCUUUCAUUGUCAAUGAAAAAGCGGACACCUUCAAAUGGUUGUUCGAGCAGUUUUUAACAGCAAUGAAUGGUGUUCCACCGGUGUCAAUCAUAACUGAUGGAGACAGAGGUAUGAAAGCUGCAAUAGAGGAAGUUUUUCCAAAUGCUUUCCACAGAUGGUGUCUUUUUCACAUCAAGAAAAAAGCAGAUGAGAAAAUCACUACAGGGUUUCAAGCCAAUGAAGGAUUGUAUGAAGAUUUUCAAGACAUCAUUGAUAACUCUUUAACAGUAGAAGAAUUUGAGUAUCUUUGGUAG